UUUACUCGUAGACACUAAAUUUCUCGCAAAACUUCACGAUUCCUUGCUGAACCCUCGCAAUUUAUUCCUUGCUUUUACCUCGCAGUUCUUUUUAUCGAGUUUCAAAGUCAGGAAAAUCUCUUAAUUCAACUUUCUAUCAUCUCGACAUCCCUCAUCCACCCCACCUUCCACCCCACCUUCCAUUCUUCCAUCCCCACAAUCAUGGCAACUAACGGCGCAGAAGAAAGCAUCACGUCUGAGCACGACGAGCAUGUUGACAAACUCGGAAACUUUAUUACUCAGGAUGAUGGAGGGAGUCUCGGAUCUCCUGGCUUGGAUCCGCAGUCGGACGAAUCCGAUUUUGACGAUGCUCCAAAAGAGCUCAAAUCUUCCCUGAAGAAACCCACUCAGAUCCAAGAGAUCGUUGCACCCAGACCACCUCUACCGGCACAACCUGAUCCGGAGACUCUAGAUCUUUCUGCGCUUUCUCCUCUUUCACCUGAAAUUAUCUCUCGCCAGGCUACGAUAAACAUUGGUACCAUCGGUCAUGUGGCUCACGGGAAGAGCACUGUUGUGAAAGCUAUAUCUGGGGUUCAGACAGUCAGGUUCAAGAACGAACUUGAGAGAAACAUCACUAUCAAGCUUGGUUAUGCCAAUGCAAAGGUCUACAAAUGUGAUAAUCCUGACUGCCCUCGUCCUGGGAAUUACCGAAGUUAUAAGAGCGAUAAGGAAGUCGAUCCUCAGUGUGAACGGGAAGGCUGUAGCGGAAAGUACCAACUAUUGAGACAUGUUUCCUUCGUUGAUUGUCCUGGGCACGACAUCCUCAUGAGUACUAUGUUGUCUGGUGCAGCAGUCAUGGACGCCGCUCUCUUGCUGAUUGCUGGAAACGAGUCAUGUCCCCAGCCGCAGACUUCCGAGCAUCUGGCUGCAAUAGAGAUCAUGAAGUUAAACCACAUCAUUAUUCUUCAGAACAAGGUUGACCUUAUGCGUGAAGCGUCUGCUGAAGAGCAUUACCAAUCGAUUCUGAAAUUCAUUCGUGGCACCGUUGCGGACGGUUCUCCAAUCAUUCCCAUUUCGGCCCAGCUGAAGUAUAACAUUGAUGCUAUCAACGAGGCCCUUGUAUCGAAGAUUCCUGUUCCGAUCCGAGAUUUCACUGCAACGCCCCAUAUGAUCGUUAUUAGGUCUUUCGAUGUCAACAAACCUGGCGCCGAAAUUGAUGAUUUGAAGGGCGGUGUUGCCGGUGGCUCGAUCUUGACGGGUGUGCUAAAACUCGGGGACGAGAUUGAGAUCAGACCAGGAAUUGUCACCAAAACUGAAAAGGGACAAAUCCAGUGCAAGCCUAUCUUUAGCAGAAUUGUUUCACUGUUCGCCGAGAACAAUGAUUUAAAAUUUGCCGUUCCUGGCGGUCUUAUUGGUGUUGGUACCCGCGUCGACCCAACCCUCUGUCGUGCGGAUCGCCUCGUUGGAUUCGUCCUUGGUCUUAAGGGGCGUUUGCCAAGCAUCUACACCGAUCUUGAAGUCAAUUACUUCUUACUGCGUCGUCUUCUCGGUGUCAAGACUGCAGACGGAAAACAGGCUAAGGUCGCCAAACUUACCAAGAACGAAAUUCUUAUGGUCAACAUUGGAUCUACUGCUACCGGUGCAAAGGUUAUUGCUGUGAAAGCUGAUGUAGCCAAACUUCAAUUGACUAGCCCAGCUUGUACUCAGGAUGGCGAGAAGAUUGCACUGAGUAGGAGAAUCGACAAGCAUUGGCGGUUGAUCGGGUGGGCGACUAUCGUCCGUGCGGGACCAUCUCUCGAUCCGGUCGAAGAAUAAGUAUUUUAUUGGUUAAACGCAAUGGUGGGAAUACAGAUGGGUUGGCGUAUUUUCCUUUGUCUUAUUGCCCAACUGCCUUUGUUUCAUCGGUGUAACGAGCAACAUGAGUAUGGCUGCGGGAUUGCUGAAUGCGGCACAUUGAUACGGUUCUGGCGCUCCUGGAGAUGAUUGUGAUGUGGGGAGAAUAUACAAAAAGCGUCUUUUCAUUUUCUGGGCUUCAUUACUUUUCCUUUUCUGCGUGACCUAUGAUGGCGGGUGGUGGGGCUUAAUGGAUGGUUAUUUAUUAUUCAUUUGAUGUCUGUCGGGUGCUUCUAAACUGUAUUGACUUCUGUCUUCUUUGGUUCCACGCUCUGCCCUUUGGAAUAUAGGUUAGAAGCUGAGCGCCUGCUAGGGGGGGACUCCAUUCAUCCUGUCUUUCGGAGGGUGAUGAUGCGAACUGCGGGGAUGCGGUACGGAUGUGGUACUUAGCGUGUGGUUGCACUUGAGUUAGCGGGACCGCGACCACGCAAUUCCUAUGCCGGUAGUACGAGUAAGCUAGUGUAUGGGGUUUUCGGCCACCCGUAGUUUUCGGCCACCUUGGCGCCCCGAUAAAGACAAAAUAAAUUUCAAUCUACAGUGUCCAUUCAAACA